UCUUUCGAUUAGUGAAUAUUGUUUUCUGAUUUAACGAUUUACUGACUCGAGCGCGAUGGGGCGUUUUAUCCUUUGUGUAUUAAGUAUUGUUAACGUGGUCAUGGUGCUAGCGGAUGUUACACCGAGACGAGACGCUGAGUAUCCACCACCAGAGUUGCUUGAAGCGUUGAAGCCCCUUCACGAUACCUGUGUUGCGAAAACUGGAGUAACUGAUGAGGCCAUCAAGGAGUUUAGCGACGGUCAGAUUCACGAGGACGAGAAACUCAAAUGCUACAUGAAUUGUCUAUUCCACGAGGCCCGCGUUGUCGAUGACAGUGGUAAUGUGCAUUUGGAGAAAUUGCACGAAUCACUUCCCGAUUCAAUGCACGACAUCGCUAUGCACAUGGGAAAACGUUGUCUCUAUCCGGAGGGAGAAAAUCUGUGCGAGAAGGCUUUCUGGCUGCAUAAGUGCUGGAAGCAGUCCGAUCCGAAGCAUUACUUCCUUGUUUGAAUUUCGGAACCAACGGAAAAACUAAGUCGAUUUCCUUCAACUGCUUCAAUGUUUUUCUACGGAAAUAAACUAAGAAUAUGAUCGUUUUUAUUGGAAGCAGCUGUUAAGUGAAAUUGAGUUGAGUUAACUUAGUUUUUAGCUUAUUUUAUAAUUGCACGUAGGAAAUGUAACUAACAGAGCGAAACUUCAAAAUUUUAUCAUAACAGUAACUAACCCAAAGCAAAAGAAAAUGUGCAUAAAAAAAAUCUAAUAAAAAUUUCUUAAUACA